UCAAAAUUAGAAAGACACAUAUAUAUAGUUAGAUGGAAGAACAAGAGGCCGUAUUUCACUCUCGGAAUUCUGGUUCUGCUUCUGCUUCUGCUUCUGCAUACAUCAUAUCACAAACAAUCUUUCUCUGUCUGAAUCGAACACACGUGAGUAUGUCUGAUAACGAAGACCAUGCAGACUACACGGACAAUAAUUCCUCUGCAAAGCGUAGGUUCAGGGAUAGGUCCAAGGAGGUAUUGUCCAAACAAGCCGUUAAGUUAGCCAAGCAAGCUGAAGAGCAUGAAAGGUUCAUCAACAAGGUGACUCAUUUUUUGGGGGUUCUUGGCUUUGGUUGGUUUUGCUUCAUCUUUGGGGCAAGGCCACAAGCCGUUCCCUUGGUAUAUUGCUUGUUCUACGUCGUGUUUGUUCCUCUCCGUUGGAUAUAUUACAGGUUCAAGAAAUGGCAUUACUAUCUCCUGGAUUUUUGCUAUUAUGCCAAUACCAUUUUCUUGGUUUACCUCCUUUUUUACCCAAAGAAUGAAAAGCUUUUCCUGGUUUGUUUUUCAUUUGCUGAGGGGCCAUUAGCAUGGGCUUUGAUUGUUUGGCGUUGCAGCUUAGUUUUCAGUUCAGUUGACAAAAUUGUCAGUGUUCUUAUCCAUCUUUUACCUGGAUUGGUUUUCUUUACCAUUCGAUGGUGGAAUCCUGCAACCUUUGAAGCCAUGCGACCAGCAGGAAUGGCUGGAAGAUCUACAUGGCCUUAUAUUGAGGAUAAAUCCUAUCUCUGGAUGUGGCUGUUUCUGGUACCCUUGGCAGUUUACAUUCUCUGGCAGGUUCUAUACUUCCUCAUUGUCAACGUCUUGCGCCAACAACGGUUUUUAAGAGAUCCUGAAGUCAUGACUUCCUACAGGGAACUCUCCAAAAAAGCUCAGAAAGCAAACAAUAUUUGGUGGCGCUUAAGUGGCUUACUUGGAGAUCAAAAUCGCUUGUUAAUGUACAUUGUUCUUCAAGGCAUAUUUACCGUGGCAACCACGGCUCUGACUGUUCCCAUUUUCUUGUCAUAUGAAUUGUCUGUAGUCUUCCAAUUGCUUAAGAUUUCUGCAUCAGUGUGGAAUGGGGGAAGCUUCCUAAUAGAUGUGAUGCCUAGGCAAGUAAUUCUCGAGGAGAAAAAGAAAUCAGAGAUGCAACCUGUUCAAAAUAAAAAAGAUCAGUGAUAUAUGGUGAUGGAAAGUCGUAGGUAGUUCAACAAUUCUUGAGGCAUCUUGAUUUCAUGAUAUGAAUUAAUUAUCCAUUUAGUCAUUUACCAUAUUAGUCUUAAUCUGUAUACCAUGGGAGUGCAGCUCAGUUGAUUAAAUUUUACCAUAUUAGUCUUAAUCUGUAUACCAUGGGAGUGCAGCUCAGUUGAUUAAA